AUGACUUUGACAAAAUACGAGUGCAGUCCUCACAUGCAUAGCUUUCUCAAGGAGUUGCCCAAAUGUGAACAUCAUCUCCACCUUGAGGGCACUCUAGAACCAGACUUACUAUUCAAAAUGGCAAAGAGAAACAAUAUUGAGUUACCCUCGACAUUUCCAUCAACUGUCGAGCAAUGUAUAGCAAAAUAUGAUGAUUUUUCAGACUUGCAGGACUUUUUAGAUCACUACUACGUUGGAAUGAGUGUGUUAAUCACUGAGCAGGACUUUUAUGAUUUGGCAAUGGCGUAUUUCGCCAAAGCAAGGGAUGAUGGUUGUCUACACUCGGAGGUAUUUUUCGAUCCGCAAGGUCACCUUGAAAGAGGAAUCGCAUUGGAUGUUGUUGUUUCCGGAUUUAAUCGUGCUUGUCAGGAUGCAACAACCAAUUUUGGAACAACGAAUAGGUUAAUUAUGUGCUUGUUGAGACAUUUACCCAGUGCAGACGGGAUAAAGGUUAUUGAGUUAGCUGGAAAGUACUACCAAGAUGGAACUAUACAUGGUUUGGGUUUGGAUUCAAGUGAAAAGCCUUUUCCUCCUGAUCUUUUUGAAGAAUGCUAUUCGCUUUUGAAAGAAAGUCAUCCCCAUGUCGAAUUGACAGCCCAUGCCGGUGAAGAGGGAGAUCACACGUUUGUUGAAAGAUCCUUAGAUAAACUCAAGGUUACCAGAAUUGAUCACGGAGUGAAUUCCAAACACUCAGAAUCGUUGAUGAAGCGAUUGAAUGAAGAGCAAAUUAUGCUUUCUUUAUGCCCAUUAUCGAAUGUGAAGUUACAAGUAGUUCAAGAUGUGGGACACCUUCCAAUUGAUCUAUUCUUAGAAAGAGGUGUCCCGUUUUCCAUCAACUCUGACGAUCCUGCUUACUUUGGCGGUUAUAUUUUGGAUAAUUAUGUUGCUGUGCACACAAGAUUUGGAUUCAGCAUGGAGCAGUGGAAACAAAUUAGCUUGAAUGGUAUUAAUGGCUCGUGGUGUGACGAAGUUAGGAAACAGGAGUUGAGACAGUUGGUGGAGGAAGUUUGUAUAAAGUAUGUUAAAUUGAACUUAUAG